AUGCCCUUCCCCGGGCUACUUGACCUGAACGACGAUGCCCUCCAUGUUCUUCUCUGGGUGACCGCUUGGGUCCACCCUCCGCACUGGGAGUUUCAAGGGUCCGGCCAACCCCACGAUUGGGAGCCCCAUAGUCUGUCAAACUACCCUACAUAUCUCGAGACGCAUCCUGGCCCCAAGUUCUGCUUGGGAUGGGUAUACCUGUCACAAGUCUGUCGGCGGCUGAGGCGGAUAUGCUUCGCGUCUUCGGCAUUAUGGGGAGGAAUUGUACUGGCUUUGCCUUCUCUGUCUUCCAUGGAGAGUCUGCUGGUUCGAGCCCACCAGGCUCCCUUGCGAUUGUCUCUGCCAUCUACCGAUUGGAGAACACCCUUCGCCAAUCCGGCAGACCCGUAUUGGCACGGCUAUCGUGCCAGGACCGCUUUUGCCGUCAAGCACUUCGAGCGCGCCGUCAGCCUCGAAGUCCACCGCGCCGGUGCACCACAUCUUGUGGACUGGCAGCCUCUUCUAUGCGGACAUCCUCUUCCGUAUCUGCGCCACCUCGCGAUAUAUCAACCUCAUUACCCUGGCCGCCCUCGUCGUUUCUACCUCAAUACCCCCAAUCUUGUUCACGCUACCAUUGACGGCGGCCUCUUCCCAUCAUUCACCUACCCCUUGAGGCUUCUUCGCAAACUCAGCAUUUCGCUACACCCUCGAGGCUCUCUCUCCCUAGGGAGCAACGCGCCCAUCCUGAACAUACUCAGUGGGACGCCUUUGCUCGAGGAGUUGAGCCUUCAGCGGCUCGAUAUCGUCGCCGGUGGCGCCAUUGAUGAGCCUCUGCGUGAGCAGUCGGUGUUGUUGGCCAACCUGCAGACCGCUUCGCUCGACGUUUACGGCUCAGGGCACCCCUAUCUUUGGUCCUUCGUUCAGGCGCCGGCGGAAGCCGAUGUCCAGUUAUCCUUUUCCGGAUACGCGCACAGACACGACGUCGUCAACAUCUUCCGCGCGGCGCUGCCACAGCUACGCUGUCCUGCCUAUGAUCAUCUCGUCGUGGCGGUCACAUCAGGCCUUGUCACUGUUCAGGCCGUGAUGAACCACUACACUUCCCUUUGCCACGACAGGAACGAUGGGAUCCGAAUAUCCUGGCAGAUAUCGCCGAGCAGCUUCGAUCGACGGACAUUCCUUCUCAUCCCUUCGUGUGUCAAUGCGGCGCGCAUCAGACUGUUGCAUCUCCGGAUGGUCACUGCCGAGGGCGAUAGUGCAAUGUUGUACUCCUUCUUGAGCGCGUUUCACAGCGCGACUAUUCUCGCGCUCGAUACGAGGACGCGGAUGUCCGGCUCGGGCGCCAUCUUUCGGCUCCUCGCCGAGAAUGCUGCCUCUGCCCAUGCGGGUAGCGCUCCUCUACUCUUCCCAGCCUUGAAUACGCUCGCUGUAGCAUAUCCAUCGGGAGCGUUUCAGGACACUAUUCAACCGCAACUACUGUCCGAUCACUGGCGUGCGGCUUUGGGAUUCCUGCAAGCGCGUACGUCAACGGGGCGACGCGUGAGGAGCUUGAAGCUCUUCGGAGCUCGGCCGCAGGAGAAAUCCCUUCAGGCUAUUGAGCAGGGUGCAUUGGAUUGGGCGGCGAAGUUUGUAGAUGAGAUCGUUGUAGCGGACGAGCAUUGA